AUGAUUGAUGAGAAGCUAUCCUAUCGCGAACACCUCGAAAGUGCAUGCAAGAAAGCCAGCAAGACCGUAUCCAACCUAUCAAGGAUCUUGGCCAACUCGAUAGGACCACGAACCAGGAAAAGACGAGUCCUGCUUGAGGUAGUAGCGGUGCAGCGGAGAGGCGCUCUCAGGGUUGCUUGCGCAUACCGCACCGUCUCCGAAGCAGCAGUACUGGUGAUUGCAGGAGCUGCGCCUAUCGACUUAUUGGCGUUUGAGAGAGCCAAGCUCUACGACGCUAAAGGAAAUGGUGACAACUCCAUGGAGCACGGGGACACGGACUUCUUCCUGACCCAGUUAUUGACGGGACACGGGCAGUUCAAUGCUUAUCUUUUCAAGAUGGGCCUGCACACCACACCGACGUGCAAAUACUGCCCUAACAAAAUUGACAACGUCGAGCACACAUUCUUCGAGUGUGCUCGGUGGAUUGACUAUAGAAGUACCACCGAAGAGAUCAUAGGCACCAGGCUCUCCCCCUCAAGCCUGGUGGCCUAUAUGAUCAAAAAAAAAAAGAAAACUGGUCAGCUGUUGAAGCUUACGCACAGCGCAUCCUGA